AUGUAUAAAAUGGAAUAUUCUUACCUCAAUUCUUCUGCCUACGAGUCGUGUAUGGCUGGUAUGGACACAUCAAGCCUGGCUUCAGCCUAUGCUGACUUCAGUUCUUGCAGCCAGGCGAGUGGAUUCCAAUAUAAUCCUAUAAGGACCACAUUCGGGGCCACCUCGGGAUGUCCAUCUCUAACUCCAGGAUCCUGCAGCCUUGGAACUCUUAGGGACCAUCAGAGCAGUCCAUACGCAGCAGUACCCUACAAACUGUUCACCGAUCACGGCGGGUUGAAUGAGAAGAGGAAGCAGAGGCGGAUACGAACCACAUUCACCAGCGCUCAGCUGAAGGAGCUGGAACGAGUGUUUGCAGAAACCCAUUACCCUGACAUCUACACACGGGAAGAACUAGCGCUAAAGAUAGACCUCACGGAGGCCAGAGUGCAGGUUUGGUUCCAGAACCGCCGCGCCAAGUUCCGCAAACAGGAGCGGGCGGCGGCGGCGGCUGCGGCGGCGGCCAAGAACAGCGGCUCGUCCAAGAAAUCCGACUCGCGGACCGAGGACGAGGGCAAAGACGCCAAACCGGCCGACCCCGACAGCACGGGCCCCGGCGGCUGCCUGUCCUCCCAGGGCAACCUGCUGGGGGUGCCGGGCGGGGGGCCGGUGGGGGAGUCCGGCAAAGCGGCCGCGGCGGCGGCGGCGGCGGCUGCGGCGGCGGCGGCGGCGGCUGCGGCGGCGGGAGCGGCGAGCACCGGCUGGGCGACCGCCCCGGGCGGCGUGAGCGCGGUGCCCGACUCGUUAGGCGGUCCCUUCGCCAGUGUCCUGUCCUCCCUCCAGAGACCCGGAGCCACCAAAGCCACUUUAGUAAAAAGCACCAUGUUCUGA